AUGAAGACUAUGAGCUUGCAGCGCAGCAUCGGGGUUAACUCAAUCACAAUUAAGAAAUCACGAAUGUGCCAGGAGAAAAAGAUGCCUAUUUUCCACACUGUUGAAUCACCUUGUGACUCUCAAAGAUCAGCAGCUUCCACUCCAGAGGUUGUGAAAGACGAAGACAGAGUAAGCAUCGGAUGUCACGAGACCAGCGCAGUCCGACCUGGUUGUACCGCUCAUUGGAGGCCUGAUUCAUGCACGCACAGGGUUGAUUCGGAUGAACUCUUUCCUUCGUUGAACGGCGAUGAUAUGAGCUUUGGCGAGCUUCAGCAACUGCGAUAUGCGUGUUCGAAAUUGCUCACAAGGACUGACGAGAUCGACAAGGAUGAUCUAGACGAUAUUCGGGUGGUGGAUGUGAAGAAGGCUGGUUAUUACUUCAAGAAUCGACACAUGAAAUCCAACUUUCAGAAUUUUUCAUCUAAAUUGGUUAGAAACAAAGCUUGCUUGGACCUCAAGGGACUUGUUGCAGAGGAUGAUGAAAAAAUGCAGGACCACGUUGUUGCUCAUAUCUCAAAGGAACUCUCCGUCCUUCGGACUGGGGAUGUUCAGAAGUGUAAUGAUUCUUCCAUUCCUAUGUCUAAGAAGUUUCAAGAUAUUGAUGUUGCCAUGGAUCACUCUGCAGAUAUAUGGAAGAUUUCGUGCUCUUUGAAUGUAAGGGUAUCCCCAAGUUGA